UCUCGCGCUGUAGACGUGGGGCCGCGGCCACAGGCGGUUAGGGGCAGGGGUGUGGGUGCCGAGCAGCAGGCGGGGAUGGGGGGGCUGCGGCUGCUGGCGGUGGCCCUCACUUGCUGCUGGUGGCCACCCGGCAGCCAGGGUAAGACGCUGCGAGGCAGCUUCAGCAGCGCCGCGGCCCGAGACGCUCAGGGCCAGAGCAUCGGCCACUUCGAGUUCCACGGUGACCAUGCUCUUCUCUGUGUCAGAAUCAAUGACAUAGCAGUAGCCAUUGGAAAGGAAGCUAAACUCUACCUGUUCCAAGCCCAGGAAUGGCUAAAGCUGCAGGAAAGCGGUCACGGUUAUGGUUGUAGUGAAAAAUUAUCCAAAGCUCAGUUGACAAUAGCCAUGAAUCAGACUGAACAUAAUCUGACAGUGUCUCAGAUUCCAUAUCCACAAACGUGGCACGUGUUCUAUGCAGACAAGUAUACAUGCAAAGAGGACAAUGAGAAUUCUCAGGUGGAAGAUAUCCCAUUUGAAAUGAUGUUACUAAACCCGGAUGCUGAAGGGAAUCCAUUUGAUCAUUUCAGUGCUGGAGAAUCUGGGUUACAUGAGUUCUUUUUCCUCCUAGUCCUAGUGUACUUUGUGAUUGCUUGCAUUUAUGCGCAAUCAUUGUGGCAGGCUAUUAAGAAAGGAGGACCCAUGCACGUGGUUUUAAAGGUUCUGACAACUGCAUUGCUGUUACAAGCUGGUUCAGCUUUCGCUAAUUACAUUCAUUUCUCCAGUUACUCCAAAGAUGGAAUAGGGGUACCUUUUAUGGGAAGUUUGGCAGAAUUUUUUGACAUCGCUUCCCAAAUUCAAAUGUUAUACUUACUUCUGAGUCUAUGCAUGGGUUGGACAAUAGUCAGAAUGAAGAAGUCUCAGAGCAGACCUCUCCAGUGGGACUCUACUCCUGCGUCCACCGGCAUUGCUGUGUUCAUUGUCAUAACACAGAGUAUUUUGCUACUUUGGGAACAGUUUGAAGAUACCAGUCCUCACAGCCACCAUUCAAACCACAACUUAGCAGGGAUCCUUCUAAUUGUUUUAAGAAUUUGCCUAGCAUUGUCAUUAGGCUGUGGACUCUACCAGAUCAUCACAGUGGAAAGAAGUACCCUCAAAAGGGAGUUCUAUAUCACUUUUGCCAAAGGCUGUAUCUUGUGGUUUUUGUGCCAUCCAGGUCUUGCAUGCAUUUCUGUCAUUUUUAAUGACUACCAAAGAGAUAAGGUCAUUACAGUAGGCGUUAUCCUUUCCCAGUCUGUUUCCAUGGUGAUUCUCUACAGACUCUUUCUAUCCCACAGUCUAUACUGGGAAGUUUCUUCACUUUCCUCAGUAACACUGCCACUGACCAUAUCAUCUGGACACAAAAGUCGGCCUCACUUCUGAUACUUGAUUUUCUUUAGAGGAAAAGUAAAUUUACUUACCAGAGUGCAAUAAGGAUCCAAAUACAGUGACUUUUUUUUUCAUACUUUUGGUAUGAAAAAUUGAACAGAGAAAGCAGAGCAUGUUAUUUAUACAACUGCAUUUAAGCAGUACCAAA